UUUCCGGGGGACGGAUGUGCUGCGUCAGGUUCCGGUUGGCUUGAAUGGAUGGAGUGUUAUUCUAACAGCUUUAACUCGGUGAUGGCGAAAAGACUCGGAGGUCCACAGUGAGACAGGCUGCAGGCUGUCCGCCGGGUUGAGCUGAAGGUGUGUGUGAGUGUGUGUGUGUGUGUGUGUGGAGCGGGGCUAGCAGUUAGCCUGAAGCUAACAGCAGAGCCACACUGUGCGGUCUGCUGCUGUCUGUCCUCUGUCCUCCUCCGUCCUCGCUCCAGACAUGCUGGACUCUGUCUCCGACCUCCCGCUGGACAGACACAUCUUCUACGCCGUCCUGGGCUUCUCCUGGGCGGUGUACCUGUGGGAGGCGUACCUCUCCUACCGCCAGAGGAGGAUCUACAGGACAACCAGACAUGUCCCUCACGAGCUCAGCAAGAUCAUGGACUCGGAAACGUUCGAGAAGUCCCGUCUCUACCAGCUGGACAAGAGCAACUUCAGCUUCUGGUCUGGGCUGUACUCAGAGACUGAGGGGACGCUGAUCCUGCUGCUGGGCGGGAUCCCCUUCCUGUGGGACGUCGCCGGUUCUCUGACGGCCCGGCUGGGACUGGGUCUGGAGUACGAGAUCAGCCAGUCGCUGGUGUUCCUGACGCUCGCCACGCUGUUCAGCGCCGUGACGGGUCUGCCCUGGAGUUUGUACAGCACCUUCGUGAUCGAGGAGAAGCACGGCUUCAACCAGCAGACGCUGGGCUUCUUCCUGAAAGACGCGGUGAAGAAGUUCGUGGUGACGCAGUGCAUCCUGCUGCCCGUCACCUCGCUGCUGCUCUACAUCAUCAAUGGCGGAGACUACUUCUUCAUCUACGCCUGGCUCUUCACGCUGGCCGUCUCUCUGGUUCUGGUGACCAUCUAUGCGGAUUACAUCGCUCCGCUGUUUGACAAGUUCACCCCUCUGCCCGAAGGCGAGCUGAAGACGCAGAUCGAGGCCAUGGCCAAGAGCAUCAGCUUCCCCCUCACCAAGGUCUACGUGGUGGAAGGUUCCAAGCGUUCCUCACACAGUAACGCCUACUUCUACGGCUUCUUCAAGAACAAACGCAUCGUGCUGUUUGACACUCUGCUGGAGGAUUACUCUCCUCUCAACAAGUCUGGAGAUCCGCCGGCCGAGCCGGCCGACGCCGAGGAGACGUCCAGCGAGUCCAGGGUCAAGGCCAAGAACAAGAAGCAAGGCUGCAACAACCCGGAGAUCCUGGCUGUGCUGGGCCAUGAGCUGGGCCACUGGAAGCUGGGUCACACCGUCAAGAACAUCAUCAUCAGCCAGAUGAACUCCUUCCUGUGCUUCUCGCUGUUCGCCGUGCUGAUCGGACGCUCCGAGCUCUUCCUGGCGUUCGGCUUCAGCAGCCAGCCCACCCUGAUCGGCCUGAUGAUCAUCUUCCAGUUCAUCUUCUCCCCGUACAACGAGCUCCUGUCCUUCUGUCUGACCGUCCUGAGCCGCAGGUUCGAGUUCCAGGCGGACGCGUUUGCUCGUGGGUUGGGCAAAGCGUCGGAGCUGCACUCGGCCCUCAUCAAGCUCAACAAGGACAACCUGGGCUUCCCCGUGGCCGACUGGCUCUUCUCCAUGUGGCACUACUCCCACCCCCCCCUGCUGGAGCGCCUGGUCGCCCUGGGCCACGUCAAGCAGGACUGACGGCGCCGGAAGGAGGAGCGGCGAGGGGGGGGGGCGUCCUCCUGAGGGCCUCCGGAGGCCGCUGCUCCACCUCUGAGGGCGGAGCGGCGAGGUGCGCCUCCUCCCUCCUUCUCCUCCUCCUCCUCCUCCUGAAGCCUCCUGCUCGGUCCUCCUCCCUCCUCUUCUCUCCUCUUCCUCCAUUCUCAUCUUGCCGUACUGGACUUUCCCCCGUACAGUUUUUAAUUUAAACAAACCAGAACAUAUCAGCCUGAGCAGUGGAACCCGGACGCCUGCCGGACGCCUGCCGGACGCCUGCCGGACGCCUGCCGGACGCCCCUGCCAGAUGGGACGCCCCUGCCAGAUGGGACGCCCCUGCCGGACGCCCCUGCCAGACGGGACGCCCCUGCCGGACGCCCCUGCCAGACGGGACGCCCCUGCCAGACGGGACGCCCCUGCCGGACGCCCCUGCCGGACGCCCCUGCCGGACGCCCCUGCCGGACGGGACGCGCCUGCCGGACUGUGUGUGUUUAGAAGAGAUCGGUCCUCAGAAUGUUCGCGUCAACCUCUACGUUUUUACUUUUCCCAGAUUUGAUUCUUUUCUUUAUGACUGAUGUGAACAAAUGGCAAAACUAGACUUUUCAGACAUCUUGGAAGUGUUUUAAUCAAUGUUUUCUACACCAUGAAAUGACUUUUAUUGGUUUGAUUGUGGAGCCGGUGGGUUGAGUUCUGGGGACUUGCUGUGGGUUCGUGCAGACACAGGCGGGAUUUGCUGCAUGGUUGUUUGUUGCUCAGUGUCCAGCUGUGAUUAGAGGAGCUCUGGGUGUUUAGUCACAGUGACGACGUGCGAGUGCCUCCAACCCUCUUUUUGUUCUGAGUGGACACUUGGUGACCAGAGCAGUGCAGAGUUUCAUUUGAGAUUAGCGUAGAUCUUUAUUUUCCGAAGUGCGUUUGGAGAACCUUCUUUCCACUUUUCUAAAGCACUAGCUUUCCACCUCGGGUCCAGACACGCCUGUACAUAUGGAACUUUGGCGAUUCAAGACUUAUGAAGUCAGUUGUUAAAAUAUUGAAUGUGGUUUAAAAUGUUGGGUUGACUCAGUGUUUUAGUUUCUUCUCUUCAUUUGGGGCGGUUGUGGCCUGACAGGCGGAGGAAGUCUGGUUUGUUUGUUUUGCAACGAUUAAAAUCCUUUAAAGCA